AUGAGAAAGAAAAUCCAACCACCUCCUUCCGCCGCAUCAUGGUGGCGCACCACCGAAGCAUACAAGGGUGGCCCAUCCGUUAUUACACUAGGAAAACAGAUAUUCGACGAAAAAUACUCCGUUGGAAAAUUGUUAAAAGACCAUGAACUUGAAAUUUUGGCAUCUAAGAUAACUCAAGCCAACUCAAUCGCCGUCGUGUUGACGGCGGCAGAUGUGGCGGUGGAAGACUUCUGCAUGAAUAGGUGUGGCAUGCACGGGUCAACUCAUGUUAAGAAAAUAGGGAGUAAAUUUGCGUAUGCUUGGGUAGGUAACUCCGCGAGUCAAUGUCCGGGUCAGUGCGCGUGGCCAUUUCAAAAGCCGAUUGUGGGGCCACAGACUAUGCCGUUAGGUUCACCGAACGGAGACAUCGGAGUUGACGGAAUGGUAAUCUGUUUAGCGACUGUUUUGGCGGGGACCGUUACGAAUCCGUUUGAUGGCGGGUAUUUUCAGGGUCCAGCUAACGCGCCUUUAGAAGCUGUGUCUGCUUGCACGGGGAUUUUCGGGUCGGGUGCUUUUCCUGGAUUUCCGGGUAUGGUUUUGCUGGAUAAAAAGACCGGUGCUAGCUAUAAUGCGCCUGGAGUGAAUGGGCGUAAAUAUCUGCUUCCUGCUAUGUGGGACCCAAAAACGUCGACGUGCAAGACACUCGUGUGA